AGGAAGAGGAGGAGAAAGAAAGAGGAGGAGGAGGAGGACAACGGUGCUAGAGACGGACUCCUGUCUCUGCAAAUCUUCCCCAUCCGCUGUACACACACGCGCACGCACACACAGACGCACGCACACGCACAUAGCCACACGCGAGGAAACUGAGGCAGGUAUCAGCGGGAGGGGCUCCGCUCCACCGUGCUCGCUCUUCCUGCAGACUCGAAGAGGUCGGGGAGAGGGGUGCGUGUGUGGGUCCGUGUGUGUGCGGAUCUGUGCGUGUCGGGGGUGGACAGAGCGGACUCCGGCCGCAUCUCCCACCGCCCCCGCACCGCUGGCCUCCCCGGCUGGCCCCCUCGCCCCUUUAAGAGCCCCGUCCGUGCAAAGCUCCGAGGACCCAGGAGUCCCCAGCUCCCCGCCGGGCCCCGCAGCCGCAACGAGGUUCCUCCCGCAACCGUCAUCCCGCCUCUCCCGCCGGUGGGCCCGCUCCCCCGCACCCAGCCGGCGUUGCCCUUUUAAGAUUCCGCCGGAGCCCGGGGCGGCGAUUGCGGGGCUCGAGGACCCGCACCUCCUCCCGCACCUCCUCCGGCCAGGACCCCGGCAGCGCCACCCCAGCCUCGGACCCCUCCGGGCACAGGAGUGGCCAUCAGCCAAUUCCAGCCUCACCGCCGCCAUGCCCGUGGCUGCCGCCAACUCCGAGUCUGCGAUGCAGCAGGUGCUGGACAACUUGGGUUGCCUGCCCCACUCUGCUGGGGCCGCCGAGCUGGACCUCAUCUUCCUCAGGGGCAUCAUGGAAAGUCCAAUAGUAAGAUCCCUGGCGAAGGCCCACGAGCGGCUGGAGGAGACCAAGCUGGAAGCUGUGCGGGGAGACAACAUAGAGCUGGUGAGGGACAUCCUGGGGGACCUGGCCCAGCUGGCACCCCAUAGCCCCACCGCUGCCGAGCUCGUGCUCCUCCUGCAGGAGCCCCACUUCCAGUCCCUCCUGGAGACCCACGACUCAGUUGCUUCGAAGAGCUAUGAGACGCCACCCCCCAGCCCCGGUUUGGACGCCACACUGAAUGCCCAGCCUGUGCCCCCAGAUGCCGUGCGCAUGGUGGGAGUCCGCAAGGCAGCGGGCGAGCACCUGGGCGUGACGUUCCGCGUGGAGGGCGGAGAGCUGGUGAUUGCUCGCAUCCUGCACGGGGGCAUGGUGGACCAGCAGGGGCUGCUACACGUGGGCGAUGUCAUCAAGGAAGUGAACGGGCAGGAGGUGGGCAGUGACCCCCGGGGGCUGCAGGAGCUGCUCCGCAGUGCUAGUGGCAGCGUGGUCCUCAAGAUCCUGCCCAGCUACCAGGAGCCCCACCUGCCCCGCCAGGUGUUUGUGAAAUGCCACUUUGACUACGACCCCGCCCGGGAUACCCUGAUCCCCUGCAAGGAGGCGGGGCUGGGCUUCACCGCUGGAGACCUGCUACAGAUCGUCAAUCAGGACGACCCCAACUGGUGGCAGGCCUGCCACGUUCAGGGGGGCAGCGCGGGCCUGGUACCCAGCCAGCUGCUGGAAGAGAAGAGGAAAGCCUUUGUCAAGCGGGAUGUGGAGGUUACGCCCACGUCAGGGGCCUUGUGUGGCAGCAUCUCGGGCAAGAAGAAGAAGAGGAUGAUGUAUCUCACCACUAAGAACGCGGAGUUUGAUCGCCACGAGCUUUUGAUCUACGAGGAGGUGGCCCGGAUGCCCCCGUUCCGCCGGAAAACCCUGGUUCUGAUCGGGGCCCAGGGCGUGGGCCGGCGCAGUCUCAAGAACAAGCUGAUCAUGUGGGACCAGGCACGCUAUGGCACCACAGUGCCCUACACCUCACGGAAGCCCAAGGACUUGGAGAAGGAGGGCCAGGGCUACAGCUUUGUGUCGCGGGCAGAGAUGGAGGCGGACAUCAAGGCUGGUCGUUACCUGGAGCAUGGGGAGUACGAGGGCAACUUGUACGGGACCCGCAUCGACUCCAUCCGCCGCGUGGUGGCAGCUGGCAAGAUGUGCAUUCUCGAUGUCUACCCCCAGGCGGUGAAGGUACUGAGGACGGCGGAAUUCGUGCCCUAUGUGGUGUUCAUCGGGGCUCCGGACUCAGAGACUCUGCGAGCCAUGAACCGGGCAGCUCUGGACAGUGGCAUCACAACCAAACAACUCACGGAGGCGGAUCUGAAGCGGACGGUGGAAGAGAGUGCGCGCAUCCAGAGGGGUUACGGGCACUACUUCGACCUGUGCCUGGUCAACGACAACCUGGAGCGGACCUUCCGUGACCUGCAGGGAGCGAUGGAGAAGCUGCGGUCCGAACCCCAGUGGGUGCCUGUUUCUUGGGUCUACUGAGCCCCCCCGCAGGCCUGGCUCUGCCCGCCGAUUCCCGAAACCCUCCAGAUCCGGUGCCGGGCACGGUCUCUAGGCCCCCGCCAUCCCAGGUCCUGUCCUGGGCUCCCUCCCUGGUGACCAGAAAUUUUGGGGGGUGCCAGCCCUGAUGAGGCAAACCCUGUUGGGGGGUGGGCAUUUGUGGGGUUCUGUGCCCAGGUGCUGUCCAUUCCUUUUCCAUCUCCCCACCCCUCAACCACCAGCAUGCUGCACCCAGGGGCUGCCUGGCCUGUCCACCAGAUGUUCUGGCUUCUACCCAGACCUGAGCCAAGCUGACUCGGGGAGCCAGUCAGUGCCUGAGUCAGGGGGAACCAGAAACUUGAGAAGUCAAUCCCUGAGCAUUCCAGGGGUAGUGGACUUUCUGAGUUCCUUCCCUCCAGCCCCGUCCCCAUCUCAAUCCUCAGCUGUUCACUGCCAGGCCUCUCUGUGGGGUACAAAGGGAAACUCAGGCUGGCCCCGCCCUGUUCCCUUGGCUCCGCUCUGUCCCCCCAAGUCCUGUGAAUGAAGAUGGCAGAGCCGGGGUGUUGGAGGUGGGGGCGGUGGGGCACAGCUAUUAACCAUCUUGACCAGGGUCUGGGUUCAGGCUGCAGGGAAAGGUUUCUGCCCAGAUCCCUGCAUGGCAGCACCCAACACUGAUGAGCCCAGUGAGGUCAGGAGACGUGGGCAAAGGAGAGAGACCUCGGGACGACCUCCCCGGGGCACAGCUUACCCAGGGGGCAUGGAGGCUCACCACCUUACCCUGUCUGGCACUUGGCAGGGUUCUGGGCACCGAUGCCACGUAGAGGUGCUAGUGCGAGUUCACAAGGACUCGGACACUUCCAAGGAGAUAGGGUUGGGGGUUGGAAGGUGGGUUCAGAAGGGACUGGAAGAUAAUUUUCAGGGGUUUCUGAUUCUGAAAUCUGAGACAGCCUGCUGAGCCCCUAACCCCACACUGCCCAACCCAAGCCAUUCCCAAAGGGUGAGCUUGGGGAAGAGCUCGGUUUCAAAAGAACAGUCAUUUUGGGUUUUGAAAUGUCAGAGGUCAUUUCAUCGAUUCCCCUCAGGCUGCAGGACCCCUCACUCUAGACAGAUGGGGUGGCGGGGGGCUGUCUCUCCUAGGACAAAGCUAUAGGUGGUCAACUUCCUCCUGUGGACAGCUCCUCCCACUCUCACGGUCCUUCCUGCUCUCUAACUGCACUCCCUCUUGCUGAAGCAUUGGUCAUAUCUCUCAGGAGGUGCAGUAGGUGCCCUGAAAGCCCUAGGUGGGCUAUCUCAGGGCUCUUGGUAGAGAGGGAAGACUGGGAGCCCCAGAAGGCUAGAGGCUGGAUAGAGCGACCAAGACAGUCCAUUCCAGGAGAGAGAGAAUAAAUGUAACCAUUGUUACAAGUAGUUUAAAUAGAUUUAUUAUAUUGUAAAUAUCAACUUGUCACUGAGUACAGAAUAGGGGUGGAUUGUGGGUGCAGAUGGGCUGGGAUGAGCCCCAUAUUGCUUUCUCUGCUCUCCUGGACCAGUUCACCUGCCUCUCAUUCUGACCACCUCUGUCACUGUAUAUGCUAUGGUUCUGCCUGAAAUUUUCAUUUCCCUUUAGAUGGUGUGUCAAAAAAUUGUUUCCCAGGUCUGUUGUAACUAGCUCUACCCCCUCCAAAUCCUUCUUCCAGCCCCCUCCCUCACCAUAACUUUCCUGGAGAGAGUGGGAGAGGACGAGUUUUCCCAGAUUGCUGACUCCCUCAUUUUUCUGAUGGACUGGUCCACGGCAUGUGCAUUGGCCCAUUCCCGAGGUAGAUCCAUCGUGGGACAUUGGGACCAGGGUUGGGGUGGUGGUGAAUCUUGAGUUGGUUUCUGAUCUGGAAAGUCCAAUCACGAAGGAGAUUUCAAACACCUGACAAGCUUCCUCUUGACUUCCCCCACCCCUUUCCCCACCAUGGGGGGAAAUCAGUGCCCUUUCCUCCCCCUUCUGCUCACUCAGGGGUCACUUGCCCAGGACAAAGUAGGUGAGUGACCAGUUGGAAAGUUACCUCUUUCCAGACGCUCAGUACAGUGCUGCACCCAGGAUAGGGGCUUGGUCAAUACUACUGAGAUUGACUGAUAGAAGGAGGCAUGCUGGGCUGGACAUUCUUGGAGGGUCUUCUGGCUGGCCUCUGAGGUGAGUCUCUAAUACUAAAAUCAGUUAUGGGGACCCCUGAUGUUGGGGGUCAGCUUAGGGGCUAGGAUCCCCUCCCCUUCCCCACACUUUUCUACAGCUACCAGAGUCAUACCUAUGACCUUUGCUCCAGUGUCUGAAUCUCCCCCAUCCCCAAAUUUCCGUUAAAGCUGGAGACCCCCCAAGUAAGAAACUAAAAACUUGGGGUCGAGAUGGGGAGAGACAGUGAGUGCUCAAGUGGACCCCAUGGGCAAUACCAGAGGGAAAGAGGGCAGUAGGUGCCUGGAAAUGGCUGAGGUGGGUGGCAUUUCUGAACCACUCACUCUCCCCACCUCCCCAUACCUGGGUCAGAGUGCCAGCUUUCUCCCCUCCCUCUGCCCCCUGCCUCCAGCCCUUCGCCUCUAGCCAACUUCCUGGUCUGCCCAAGGAUCCAGUCUCACUUGCCCGGUGGCCAGGGGAGGCCCCAGAUGGGUCUGGACCACCCCUGCAUGCUCCAUGCGUGUGUGUGCAUCUGUAUCACAUGUGUCCCGUGUGAGACUGCCCCGGCUGCCUUCAGUUUUAGAAUUUUGUACCGACUGUUUGAUAUUCAUAGGAUUCCUUUCUCCGGGCCCCUCCCACCCCUGGCCUAGACCCUCCCCAACUCCCACCGGCAGGGACACACCUGUUCAGGCUCUUUCUGCUCUUUGAUUAAAUUUCCAGACUAAA